UUUGGAACGUUUAGGCGCUACAUUCGCCUCAAGGUCGUUCAGUGUAACUGGUUGCUUGUGGGUUAGUGUUUCAUUGGAUUUGUACUAAAUUACACUAUUUGGAUUCAAUUAAAUGUCAACAUCUUCUGGAAGUGGAAGUAGACGUAAUCGGUUGAAUCUUACACUUCCGAGUUCUGUUAUCCAAUCAUCAGAUAAUUGUUCUACAACAGAUAAAAAAUCUGAAGAACCUGUCACAAAUGCCGAGUUGAAUAAAUCUUCAGAUAGUUUACAAGAAUCAUUACAAAGGAAUGGAACUUCAAAAGCUACAUCAUUAUCAGAUAAAUUAGAUGAUAAUAAUAAUCUAACGAAUUCAUCUCAGCCUGUGAAAACAUCUCAACAAACUAGUAUCUAUCGACCAAGUGCUCAUCAUUCACAUCCACAUUCUGUGCAUCGUAGAAUCCCACCACCACUCACAGAUCUUCGUUUGUCUCCAAAGAAAACCCAUACGCCGUCAAACGAUAGUCUAUUUGGCUCGAGAGGCGAUCGAAACAAUGAACAUCGUUAUUCAAAUAGGAUCAGCACAGGACCUGUUGAUGUUGCUGAAGUUUUAAAACAAUUAGCAAUACAAGAUUUAGAUGAUAAUCAACGACGUCGAUUAAGUGCAUUUGUAGCAGAUAAACAAAAAAUUGGUGAAUUACAUCCGGAAGAUUUUGAAAAAUUAAAUGAAUUAGGUAAAGGUAAUGGUGGUGUAGUUAGUCGUGUACGUCAUACAACAACUGGUUUAAUUAUGGCUAAGAAAAAUAUUCAUUUAGAAAUUAAACCAAUUGUUAAAACACAAAUUAUACGUGAAUUACAAGUAUUACAUGAUUGUAAUUCACCUUACAUUGUUGGUUAUUAUGGUGCAUUUUUUGCUGAUGGUGAUAUUAGUUUAUGUAUGGAAUACAUGGAUGGUGGAAGUUUAGACAUUGUUCUAUUACAUGCUGGUCGUUUACCUGAACCAAUUGUUGCUAAAAUAUUAUAUUCUGUAAUACGUGGUCUAGUUUAUUUACGUGAAGUAUUACAUAUUAUACACAGAGACGUCAAACCAUCCAACAUCCUUGUAAAUCGUACAGGUGAUGUGAAAUUAUGCGAUUUCGGUGUAAGUGGUCAACUGAUCGAUUCUUUGGCUAAUUCAUUUGUUGGCACAAGAAGUUACAUGGCACCGGAACGUUUAACAGGUGAACAAUACAAUACAUUAAGUGAUGUAUGGAGUUUGGGUUUGUCAUUAGUUGAACUGGCAACUGGUCGAUAUCCGAUUCCAGCGAUUGAAGAUGAAAACGUUUAUUUAAGUGCUUUCAAUUCACAUCGAGAUGUAAACUUGGAACAACAUUUAGAAGCAGCUAAAGAAGGGAAGCCACUUCCUGCUGUCAACAGUCCAAGUUCCGGUCCAAUGGCAAUAUUUGAACUUUUAUCCUAUAUUGUAGAUCAACCACCACCUCGUUUACCAAAAUUUUGCUUUUCUGAUGAUUUUAUCGAUUUAGUUGAUUCAUGUCUUCGACGUCCAGCUAGUGAUCGACCUUCUUUAGAAAAUCUUUUAAAGCAUAGAUUUGUUGUAACAGCAGCUGGUGCAUGUCCAUCAGGUAAUGUUCAACGUCAAAGUACAGUAAUAGAUAUUCGACAAACAGGUGGAAUUGUUGAUUCAAAUCAAUUUGAAGAUCCAAUUAAUAUUGGACAUUAUCUUUGUUCUGUAUUACCAUCAAUGUCAAAUGAUGAUGGAACUAAUCAAAGUUCUUUUUAAUUUCUUUCAUAAUAUAUAAUCAUUAAUCAUUAUAGAUAUUUAUCUGUAUUACAUCAUUGAAUGAGGAAACCAUAAAGAAUAACAAAUAGUCAUCAAUGUGCACACGUUUGUGCGUCUCUCUCUCUCUCUCUGCAUGUGUGUGUGUGUGUUUUACUCAUUUCAAAACCAAUGAUGAACAUUCAGAUCAAUAAUUUGUAUUACAUGUACCCUUGUACUUGGUUUUUACAUUUUAUUAUCUUUUAAAUUUUUUUCUUUUUUUUAUUAUAAAAAACCAGUUUCCUUGGUAACUUUUUGUAAAUAAUUUUGCUUGUUUUCUUUUUUUUCUGAAAAAGAAGAAAAUUUUUUUUAUUUUUAUUUUGUCAUAUUAUGAUGCAUAAUUGUGAAUUGAUAAUGUGACAGUAAAAAAAAACAAGAAGAAAAAAACCCAAAUUUGAUCAAGUUUUUUUUGUUUGUCUCUGUUUUGUUUGUUUGUUUUCUUAUUUCUUCUCUCCUUUUUUUGUUGUUGUUGUUGUUGUUGUUGAGAUGGAUUGUUUAAGUGAAGAAAAAAAGUAGAAAAAAAACAAACAAACAUCCUGUUGAAUAAACUUUUUGAAAAAAAUUUUUUUUUACUAUUUAAAAGGAUCACAUAUUGUACUAUUUAGAAUGGUAACUAUUGACUUGGAUACUAUUUACAUCUGUUACCUAUUAUGGGAGGGGAGUAUAAACCUCCUAUCAGCAUUCUUUAUAUCCUGUGGAUAUUAAUCCUUUUCAGUUUCAUAUUUUAAAAGUAACAAGCUCAUUUCUCUAUUAUGAGCUUAUUUCAUUUAUAUUCAACAUUUCAUAUUGUGAAGUAUAUUUUUUAAUCAUCAUUCAUUGAUCCUUAAUCAAUUAUCUAUGUAUGCAUGGUAAUUGUUGGUUUCUAUCUAUUAUAUGUAACAAAGAAAAAGAAAAGAAACAAUAAAAAGAUGUGAAAAGUUGAUUAUUGAAUAAUCGAUUCAUCUAUCUAAUCUCUUUCUUUCUUUCUUUCUUUCUUUCUUUCUGUUUCUUUUUUUUCUUCUUUUAAAUCUACACUUUAAAACCAAUAUUUUACGUGAUAUAAUUUUGUUUACAAUGGGGGUUAUUCUAUUCCUCUUUUUGUGUAUAUUUAUAUGCAGCAUACACACUGUGAUGCAAUAAAUACCUAUUUAUUUAUCUAACGUAUUCACUUUUUUUUUGCUUUAAUCAUUGCUUUAAUCAAUUUUUUUGACCAGAAAGUAUAGAUAAGUGAUGUUGUGUAGAAAUAAAC